AUGAAGCAUUCAUGUGUCGAGUGGAAUGAUUUACCCGAUGAAAUUCUUCUGAUUAUUUUUAAAAACCUGGACAAUCUUGAAGUACUUUAUUCUUUUGAAGGUGUUAAUGAACGAUUAAAUAAAAUUAUACAUGAUCCAAUAUUUACACGUCAUUUAAACUUUCUCAAAUGGUCGUCCAAUAAAUUGAUGAAUAAAUUCUCGUCUAAUGUCAUACAUGAUCGAUUUUGUUUACAAAUUUUACCUGAAAUUUCUACGAAAAUCAAAUGGCUUGAUCUUGAAUCAUCAUCUAUGAAAUAUAUUCUACAUGCUGCCGAUUACCCUAAUUUAUUUGGACUCGGUGUAUAUAAUAUCGAGAAACAGACAGCUGGAUAUCUUUUUACCGAUGAAAGGCUUUCAUCUGGUAUUUUUAAAAAUCAAAUUACAACACUUGUAAUUGCAAUUGAUCCAUAUCGAAAUGAUCUGUCCACAAUGGAAAAGUUAUGCAAUCAUAUAUUUACUGUGUUUAUUAAUUUAACUCAUUUAAUAUUUUAUGAAUCAUCAUAUAAAAAUACUGUUCGAUUAUUAUUUGAGUUUCCAUCUCCCAAGUUAUAUUCUUCAACUCUUCGAGUAUUAAAUAUCAAGGUUCAAAGCUUUCAUAUAUGUCUUUAUCUUCUUGAUGGUCGUUUCAAUCAACUUCAUACAUUCUCUAUUGAGUUGGCUAAUAUAAAUCGUCCAGGCGAAGAAAUUGAAAAUCAAAUAAAAAUACCGAAUCUUAAGUGUUUUUCUGUAUCAUGUGUUUUAGAGACGACAUGUUAUGAUGAGUUAAUUUUACCACUUCUUUAUCGAAUGUCAAAUUUAGAAAAACUUGGUUUGUAUCUUUCGAUCUUUGUGAACGAAAGAUUUAUUGAUGGAAAUAAUUUGAAGAAAAAUAUUCUUAAUCGUAUGUUACAAUUAAAUCAAUUUAAAUUUUAUAUUCAUUCCCGUAUGUUUAUUAAUAAUGAAAUGAAUUUGCCGUCGAAACAAGACGUUCAACAGACUUUCGAAGAUUUUAAAGAUAAUCAAAUUAUCUCUUAUGUUGAUUAUUUUCUAGAACGAAAAAAAGGUCAUUGCCAUGUUUAUUCGUGUCCGUUUCUAAUGAAAUAUUAUGAAGGUAUAACAAAUAAUUUUCCAGGCGGUUUAUAUCCAUAUGUAAGUGUAGUAUCCUUACAUGAUGAAAAUCCUUUUGAACAUGAAUUUUUUAUUCGAAUUACUCAAUCAUUUCCAUUUAUGGAAAAAUUAACUUUGAUUAAUCGUCAUGCACAAAAUCAAAAACAAUCUUAUAAAUCAAUGAAUGAUAUUCAGAAUUUAUCAAUUGCUAAAUAUUCUUAUCUUACUGAACUUGAUAUUCGACAAGUUCAUGAUAAUUAUAUCGAAGAAUUCCUCUGUAACACGAAAACAUAUUUUCAAAAUGAUAUUUUGCUUGAAGUCAACUUUAAUUCAUUAGAAAGAGUAACACAUAAUUUUGCAAGAGAUGAUACACGAAUUAAUUGUGCCAAAAUAAAUGAAAUAUAUUUAUUCAGCGACGUGAAAUAUUCGAAAACUUUACAAAAUUAUUUUCCUUUUGCAAAAAUACAUUGA